AUGAAUGGAUUUCUUGCAGCUCUACCUUAUAUUGUCUUAUGGUUGAAUAUAAAUAUAUCAGGUAUUAUAGCUGAUGUAAUUAUUCGUAAAAACUUGUUGACAACAACGAAUACAAGAAAAUUAUUUAAUAUACUUGGAAAUCUUUUCCCAGCAAUAUUUGUGCUUGGUUUAGCAUUUAUGACAUGUCGACUAAAAUAUGUUGCUGUCGUGUUAUUAACAAUCGGUGUUGCAUUUCACGGAGGAUAUUUACUCGUUGCAAAUGAUAUUGCACCAGCGUAUACAGGAAUAGUCUUUGGUAUUUCCAAUACAUUAUCAACAAUACCAGGUAUUGUUAGUUCGUAUGCGGUUGGUGCUCUUACAGAAAAAGAUCCGAGUAAUUGGCGUAUUGUAGUUUUUAUUUGUGCUGCAAUUUACAUCAUUGGAAUGAUUGCGUUUACAUUUCUUGGAUCAAGUGAACUACAACCUUGGGCAAGAACAUCCAUUGCAGCUCGUGUCUCAUUUGAAAAUCCAUUGUCAAAUAUGUCAAAUGAAGUUUUUCUGGAAAUUUUUGAAUAUCUUGAUGAUUGUGAUAUAAUGAAAGCAUUUUUAAAUUUUAAUAUUCGAUUUCGAUAUCUUAUGACAGAUUCAUCUUUACUACUUAAAAUAAAACUUUGUUCAGAAAUAAAAUCAAAUUCAUAA